AUGAUUUCUCUACAACCUUAUAAAUUUUGUCUUCAAACAACAAUUUUGUUCAAGCCUUCAAACGUUGGUAUAAAUCAACAUAGACAAACACAAACAAGCCUGAUAGCACAGAGGAAGAUUAAAGUACAUAGAAGAGAAAUCAAAUGCAGUGCAGGAGAAAAGAAAAGUGAGAGGAGAACGUUUUUGACACUUGAAGAAGCUGGUUUGGUUGAGAUGUCUGGGUUGAGCACUCAUGAGCGUUUUCUAUGCCGGUUAACGAUAUCUUCAUUGAAUUUACUAAAAGUGGUAUCAGAACAAGAAGGUUGUCCAAUAGAGGAGCUCAAUGCUGGAAAGGUAUGUGAUUGGUUCCUAAAAGACAGGCUCAAAAGGGAACAGAACAUUGAUUCUGCUGUUCUUCAAUGGGAUGAUUCCGACUUCCAAUUUUAA